AAGCAAGUGAUAGUUCUUAAUGUGAAGCGGGAUAGGUCAAUGAAUUGGUUUGGCUUUGGUUUCGAUGGCUUUGGCCAGAUAAGGCCGGCAGAUGUGAGUGGACAGGUGUGGUGUAAAGUGAGCACACCUGUCCUGAUAUCAGAUGUGUGCAGAUCAGACUGUAGUAGAGUCCGAGUCAGAGCCAGCUGGAGCUCCAGAGCUGAUGUGCAUCAUACAGACUUGUUUUUAAGCGGAUGUUUUGUCAGUCAUGGUCAGCUGGGUCACGGCGCUCUGGCAUCACAGGAGGAACCUCAGGUAGUGGAGGCGCUGUGGGGCGUCCCGAUCAGAGCAGUGUCUGCUGGGAGCUGGCACUCCGCUUCCGUCAGCGCUGGUGGGGACCUGUAUAUGUGGGGAUGGAAUGAAAGCGGGCAGCUCGGCCUGCCAUCUAGAGGCCUGGAGGAGGAACAGCUCAGAGGAAAAAGCAGUGGAAACACUGAGAAGCCCAUAAAUGAAGAUGAAAAGAAGGAAGCAGAUGUGUUUAUUUCUAUUCAAGCGUUGCCAGCUCUAGUGGACGUCCCUAAUGUGUCAGAGAUCAGCAGGAUCAGCUGUGGAUCCCGUCAUACAGCGGCCGUCACCGGUACAGGGGAUCUGUACACCUGGGGAUGGGGCCAUUAUGGACAGCUGGGACAUGGCACUGAAAAUAGCACAGAUGAGCCAACACUGGUGGAUUACUUCCCUAGCCAUCGAAUGUGUGUUAAGGAUGUCAUUUGUGGGUUAUGGAACACUUUUGUGUCCGCUGUGCCAAAAGAACAACCUCCAUCCUGACUGGAAUAGACUCUUUC